GAAAGUGAAUGUGCCAGGCUCGGAACCCAACCCAACAAUGGGUACGUGGUGACGCUAGGAGGAAACCUUCACUGUAAAAAUAUAAUACAUAUUUUUGGCCAAACUAAACCAGAUUUAAUAGGGAAGUGUGUAAUGGAUGCCCUGCACGUAUGUGAGAGACAACAAGCAACCUCAGUGGCCUUCCCAGCCAUGGGGACAGGCGCUGGCAAUGUCUCCUCUGCAGAUGUGGCCGAUGCAAUUCUAGACGCCGUGGUGGAUUUUGUCAAAUCUAAUUCAGCCGUGACCAUCCAAACACGUGACGAUGGUGAUAUUCCAGCAAACCAUGUUAAAAGAUUUCCAUGACAGCAUGAAGAAGAAGGAGCCACAAGCUGCAGCCAAACAACAGUCCUGG